CCCAAGUCUGUCUGUAUUCCCGACGUCAACUCAGGAGAAAAUUCUGGUAAAUCAUUAGUUAAUGUUUCCAAACAUGUGGAAGCUUAGAUCAGCUUUAGCUCAGAGUGCUCGCUGGCAUUCAGCUCAACUCCUGCACAAGGCCGGAGUACCAAGAGUGACGUGUAUCAGCUGUUUGCACAGAGAGCCUCUGAAUCCAGAAUGGAAUAAGCUUGCUGAGAAACAGUUGAAGGGAGCAGAUCCGACAGAGAAACUCACAUGGCAUUCACCAGAGGGUAUUUCUCUGAAGCCACUCUUCACUCAACAAGACACAGCAAAGCACCCUGAUGAGCUCCCAGGCAAAUACCCCUACACCAGAGGACCUUAUCCCACUAUGUAUGCACAGAGACCUUGGACAAUCAGACAGUAUGCAGGUUUCAGUACUGUGGAGGAAAGUAAUAGGUUUUACCGUGAGAACAUCAAGGCCGGUCAACAGGGACUCAGUGUAGCAUUUGACUUGGCAACACAUCGAGGGUAUGACUCGGACAAUCCCAGAGUGCAUGGUGAUGUGGGUAUGGCUGGUGUAGCCAUCGAUUCAGUGGAUGAUAUGAAGGUAUUGUUUGAUAGCAUCCCUCUUGACAAGAUGUCUGUUUCCAUGACAAUGAAUGGAGCUGUUCUCCCAAUUAUGGCCAUGUUCAUCGCUGCCGCAGAAGAACAAGGUGUAAGUCAAGAGCAGCUAACCGGUACGAUCCAGAAUGACAUCUUAAAGGAGUUCAUGGUCAGGAAUACGUACAUCUACCCUCCAGAGCCCUCUAUGAGAAUCAUAGGUGACAUCUUUGCCUACACCUCUCAGCACAUGCCGAAGUUUAACUCCAUCUCAAUUUCUGGCUAUCAUAUGCAAGAGGCUGGUGCUGAUACUAUCUUGGAGCUAGCCUUCACCAUAGCGGAUGGUCUGGAGUACUGCAGAACAGGCUUGAAAGCCGGUAUGGACAUUGACGAGUUUGCCCCUCGCCUCUCCUUCUUCUGGGGGAUCGGCAUGAACUUCUACUUUGAGAUCGCCAAGCUGAGAGCGGCGCGUCGUCUCUGGGCCCAUCUCAUGAAGGAGCACUUCAACCCCAAGAAACCCAACUCCAUGAUGCUCAGGUGUCAUUCACAAACCUCAGGAUGGUCUCUCACUGAACAGGAUCCAUACAACAACGUAAUCAGGACCACGAUAGAGGCGAUGGCGGCUGUGUUUGGAGGAACCCAGUCACUUCACACAAACUCUUACGAUGAGGCCCUAGGACUGCCCACCGUGACCAGCGCUCGUAUCGCCAGGAACACACAGAUCAUUCUCCAGGAGGAGAGUGGCAUCCCAAAGAUUGUGGAUCCAUGGGGAGGCUCUCACAUGAUGGAGAACCUGACAGAUGAAAUCUACGAGGCGGCCAACAAUAUCAUUGCUGAGAUUGAAGAGAUGGGAGGCAUGGCCAAGGCUGUCUCAGAUGGAUUCUGUAAGCUGAAGAUCGAGGAGUGUGCUGCCAAAAAACAGGCCAGGAUUGACUCUGGAAAGGAAGUAAUAGUUGGUGUGAACAAGUACAAGCUAGCCGUGGAGGAGCCAAUGGAGGUGCUUUCCAUUGAUAAUACUGAAGUGAGAGAGAAACAGAUCAACAAACUCAAGGAUAUCAAACAAUCGAGAAGUUCACAAGAGGCUGAAGCUGCAUUAAAUGCCAUCUCAGAAGCCAGCUCAGGAGAGAAGAAUCUCUUGGAAUGCGCUGUUCAGGCAGCAAGAGCGAGAUGUACGGUGGAGGAGAUCUCCAUGGCGAUGGAGAAAGUGUUUACCCGUCACGUUGCUAGCGACAGGAUGGUGAGCGGAGCUUACAAGUCAGAGUACGGAGAUGAUGAGGAGAUCCAAGCCUGCAUCAGUCGAGUUGAGGACUUUGAGAAGGCGGAAGGAAGAAGGCCUCGACUCCUGGUUGCUAAGAUGGGACAGGAUGGACACGAUAGGGGAGCCAAAGUGGUCGCCACAAGCUUUGCCGAUCUUGGAUUCGACGUCGAUAUCGGGCCACUCUUCCAGACUCCUAGUGAGGUUGCCCAGCAAGCGAUAGAUGCUGAUGUUCAUGCCGUAGGAGUGAGUACAUUAGCAGCAGGCCACAAGACACUGGUCCCUGAACUCAUCAAGGCAUUGAAGAACAUGGGUAGAGGUGACAUUGGAGUGAUUGUGGGUGGGGUCAUCCCACCUCAGGAUUAUGAUUUCCUCUUCAAUGAAGGAGUUAAGAGCAUCUUUGGACCAGGUACAAGGAUACCCGUAGCAGCCAUCAAGGUUGUGGAUGACAUCCAGGAGGAGCUAGGGAAGAGAGCACAUGCUAUGUGAGGCAAACCCCUCCUCUCUCUCUUUCUAGGAUGAUGGGCGUACAGUGGUCUCACAAGUGGAAGACUGUCGUUGAUCUCGCUCUGUAGUGACCAUCUUCAUCAAGAGAAACGCUUUAAAGCUUCCCCAUCCCCCUUCAGGGGCGAUAGAACUUCCAAUGGCAUGGUCUUACAAUCAAAAUUUUAAAAACCGUAAAUCUCGCUUUUUCAAGAAAACAUAUUCAAGAACAGCAACUUGGUUGGAGAGCCCAUGCCAUGUUGGCACCCACCCCCCCCCCUUCCCCAACAAAAAUAGAGAUCGAGAUCCAACUUCCUCUGUCUCACAAAUAAAAGCUUUCAUGGAUUUCAAUGUUUAAAGAGUAUGUCAUCUAGAACCAACUUCUUCCCAGAGCACAUACCAUGUGAGACUUCUUGUUUGAGUAACAGUAAUGGUGGGUUCUUAAAAAGCGCUCAUGUUUGUCGGACUUGACACGCCUGGCGCUCCACCAUUAUUACCGCGGCUUUAGCAUGGCUGCCAUUACUGCGCUCUAGCAUUUCAAAGAAUGAAUUCCUGCCAUGUACUCAUUUACAUCACCUGGGUCGUAGAUGUAACUUCAGUUGUCUCACAAGUAACAACCUUCAUGGAUAACACUUUUGAAAGAGCAUGAAGUCAACAGAACCAGCUUCAAUCGAGACCCCAAGCCAUGUGAAACUCUUCAUUUGAUGAAAAUGUAGCUUGCAUCGUCUCAUAAACAAAUGUUCUCAGGCAUAUCACUAAAAAAAAGACAAUAUCUUCAAGAGAACCAGAGCUGAGAAUGCUCUCCAGUAUUCUGUCAGAGUAAUCUAGAAGAAGAAAAAAAUUAAGGAGUAGCAAAUGGAAAUGAUAACAUUUUAUUUCCUCAAAUGUCCUGGGAACACCAUAUGUUGAAAUAUCCCAUUUUAGAAACUGCAUAGUUUGAUGAUGAUGAAUGGCUUGAAGUAGAUAAUAAAAAUUUCUAGAACUUAUAAAGUCCAUUAAAUUAGUCAUUUAGCAUUGCAGAAUUUGCUAAUGUUUUUGUGCAAUACUGUUUGAUUGUGAAAUGCAAAGAUUGUUUCUGAGAGCAACAUUGAACAUUUGUACUACUGUUGUGAUAUUACCUGUACAAGUACAAUCCACCCUCAUGGGACAUCGUAGCUAUCUGAAUAACUUUUGUUUUCUUUUUGUUAAUAUUACCUGUAUUUUAAAAAAUGCAUGAAACUUAAGAUAGUAAAAUUGCAGACUAUUGGGUCUUUAAUGCAGUAAAACCUGCUUUAGUGACAACCUGUAUAGAAAGACCACAUUUUUUGUUUACCUUGAAAAUUGGUUUGUCAUUGAAACAUGUACUGAAGGAACCUGUACAUCAAGACCAUCUGCCUCUUAAGACUACUUUUCUUGUGUCUUUUGAGCAGUCUUUAUAUACAGGUUCCACUGUAUUUGAAAUCGCACAAUACUACUGUAUCAUCAUUGAUAGAAGCAGGAGGUAAUUACUUUCAUAGCUAAAUCAAUAAUACUAAUUGAUGACUAGUCAUAAUUUUGUUAUUACCAUACAAGAUUAUGAUUAUUUUAGUAUGCUUGUGAUAAAUUCUUUCAAUCAGUAUUAUCGGAAAGACUUUAAAAACUCACCCACAGUAAAUUCCAAUUUCCUUUGCGCAUUACCUUUUGAAAUGGGAAAUCGAAGUAAUAUUCAAGUGACAUACUACAUAAUAAAAUGUGAUUUCUUUUCUAGGGUACUAAACUGCACUUGAGUAAAUUUCUUUAAUUCCAUUUUUAUCUUGUUAACCUUGCUGUGGGAUAAUUGUAACCAUUUAAUGGCUCUAUUGUGUUGGGGUUUGUGUAACGUUCAUUUUGCAUUUCAUAAGGUAAUGAUUGUGCUACUCGCAUCUACACAGAUUGUCCAUAUAUAUAUUGAUAUCUAUCAUUUGUAUUAAUGGUAUGUAUUUAUGCAUUUUUGUAUUCGUAUGACAUUCAAUGAUAUUUCGGUCCUAAUUGGUGAAUUUAUCAAAGAUAUAAGUCAAAUGUCAAUAUGAGAUGUGUUACAUGUGUACAGAAUUUUAAGGCACAAACUAUUGUUAUUCUAAAGCCUACAAUUAUUUGUUGGAAAAAGAAGACUAAGAAAUAAAUUAUAUCUUUUCAACAAAA